AUGGGCGGGCCCAAACUACUUAUUUUCCCAGUUUUCUACUUCGUCUUGAUACCUGUCGUUGCUGGCCACGGUUAUAUCAAGUCUUGGGCAUCUGACGAUUUACAAUUCCAGAAGGCUCAGAAGCAACCUCUUAGUGAGACUGCUUUCCGAAAUGCACCCUCAAAUAUUGGCUGGAUUGGCAGUAAAUUCAUCAACACCCCUGCAUUUGUUUGCGGUGCUUCAGAAACACCCAACGAGCAGGUGGCCCCACCAGGCGGUACAGUUUUCAGCUCUCAGGAUCAAAGUGCCAAGAAGACAUUAUCAGUUAACGCAGGCGGUAAGGUAACACUAAUCGUUGCAGGAAACGAGGGUGAAGGCUUUCCGCACCCGAAAGGCCAUAUGCUGGCUUAUCUUGGUUACUGCGGAACAUCUUCAAGUGCUUGUCAGAAUUUUGAUGCAUCCACAACCGACUACCACAGGAUCCAAGCGGAAGCUGAUGGUAUCUCUAACAAGCUGCGCAAGCAAUUUAAUUCUGAACAAGAUGGCCACCGCUGGGACGUUCCGAUUCCCAAAGACAUCGUAGAUGGAAGUUAUAUUCUUCGGCUAGAAAUGAUUGCAUUCGGCCAAUCAAGUUCCGAGGAAGGGCACCAAGAUCAAUACUACGUGUUUUGCGGGCAAAUAGCUGUCAAAGGAGGGUCAGGAUCCAGUCCCAUUCCCGACGAUGAUCAACCUACCGUCAAGCUCCCGGGCGCAUUCAAGCCGGGAAACAUCAGCCCGGACUCCUUGCCGAUCCCGGUGACGCUGGCCCAAGGUUCCAAAGGAGAAGCCCAAACAAAAUCGGCGGACACCGAUAGCAAGGAAACCCAAUCAACAGACUCCUCAGACACGUCAAGCCCGGCAGACCAUGGAGACUCCAAAGCAGCGGUAAACACAGGAUGUGCCGAUCUCUGUUACAAGCAAAAACUGACCGAGCUGAAAGACUUGGCGCCGAGCUGCUCCGCUGAUCAAUUCACUUGCAUUUGCAAAUCCCAGCCAUUUGUGAAAGCAUAUCAGUCUUGCUGCAAUGAUAACUGCACGGGAAAUCGUGAGACUCGCGCCGCUGUCAAUGAGAUCUACAAUAAAUGUGAUUCAGCAGAAUCUCCUUCCGAUGAUUCGGAUGAUCACUCGAAGUGA